AUGGCAGUCGUCUGUGUGGAGAAGGAAGGAGACGACUCAGAGGUGGUCGUCACCGGCGGUCGUCGCUCGAGGGGGCAACGAGAGAGGGAGAAGAAGCCCCUGGUUCAUGGUGGCGGUGACGAAGACGCUGAGCAGAAGUUCUCCCGCGACGGCGUGUCCUGCGGGAGAAGAGAGGAAGAGAAGGUUAUGGCCGGUGUCGCGAGGAGAAGGAAGAGGAAGAAAGCGGUCAUCGCCGGCGACCGUUGCUUGGCGGCGAGAGAGGAAGCUGCCCCCUUUGUUUCCUGUUGUGACGAAAAAGCCUCCUGUUUAAUUUUUUCGUCGCACGCUUAUUUUGCGCAAAGAGCUCGGGAAGAGGACAAGGUUCAACCAUGGCGAGCCCGAGGAGCGAAGGGAGCCGGCGCUGCGGGUGGCCUCCUCAAGGCCUCCGACCUGAAGAAGUUGAGCCUGGAUCAGCUCAAAGCCGUCAAGGAGCAGUCGGAUCUCGAGGUCAAUCUACUCGAAGAUAGCCUGAAGAAGAUUAGCGUCGCCGCCGCCCGCCUGGAGGCGGCGGCGUCCGCCCUCGAUGAUCUCUUCCUCCGACCUAAAGGGAAGAAGACGCUGGUACCCCUCACCGCGUCGCUCUAUGUUUCCGGAACUCUCGACGAUUCUGAGAAGAUCCUCGUCGACGUCGGCACUGGAUAUUUUAUCGAGGUUCUUCCUCUUCUCCUGCUAUUCUGCUAAUUGAUAAGAAUUGAGGCAAAAUCCUUUGUUGGGUUUUUAUCGAUAAAUGUGAAAUUUUGGGUGUCCUUGGUGCGUUUGCGAAUCACUUUGUCCUGUUUAGAAGCCUCUCUCGUAAUGUUGAUCAAGUUUUUCUCCUGAAAGAUUUAAUCUUCAGUCCUUUCAAGCUUAGUAACAACACUCUUACCUUA